UCCACAUUGGACCGAGCGCAACAGAAGUGGCACACGAAUUAAACGCGCAUGCGCAUUGGAUCCGCUCUUUGCUGUGAAAGAAAAAUGGCCGUAGCGAUGCAGAUGGAAGAUUUCCCCUACUUACCUUCUGGGCCAGCGGAGGUCAACAAGAUGAUCAAGGAACACGGUGACCUGUUUUCUGACUCCCAGUGUAAAGUCUGCAGCGCUGUUCUCAUUUCGGAGUCCCAGAAGUUGACCCACUACCAGAGUAAGAAGCAUGCCAACAAGGUGCGGCGUUACCUUUGCAUCCAAAAUGACAAGGAGCCCUCCUUGAAGAAGUUCAAGCCUGAAUCAUCUGUACCUGACAGCGCCUGUAACAAUGGAGAAGCAGAGCGAUAUAAAUUGUGUAACCUGUGUAACAUGACCUUCUCCUCGGCGGUGAUGGCCCAGUCCCAUUACCAGGGGAAGGUGCACGCCAAGAACCUCCGGCUGAAGACAGUGGGCCCUCAAACAGCAGCGCCCCAGGCCACCGCGACAGCCCCCCAGCCCAAGAAGACCCCAUCCGCCGCCGCCGCCGAGCCCAGGGGGGCGGGGGCUGCGGCGGGGGGGGCGGGGACGGGGGACCCGGACCGCUUCUGCUCCAUCUGCGAGGCGUCCUUCAACAACCCCCUGAUGGCUCAGCAGCACUACGCCGGCAAGAAGCAUAAAAAGCAGCUGACCAAGCAGAAGCUGAUGGAGACGUACGGGCCCUCUACAUCGCCAGGUCAGGCCGGCGUCGCUCGCCACGCCUCCACGGUGAAGGGCUACUCCUGCACCCUCUGCAACAUCGACCUGAACUCGGUGGAACAGUACCAGGCCCACAUCAGUGGCGCCAAACAUAAGAACCAAAUGAAAAAAUCUGGCAUGGGCUCCACAGAAAACCAGCAUAAAACGACACAGAACCAGUUCCCCGCUGGCGACUACCAGGCGGCCGACGGGGCCAACCAGUUUUCCACCGGAGACUACCAGUCCGUCGACAUGGGCGACCAGUUCAGCACGGGCGACUACCAGUCGGUUGCCCCUGGCAACGAGUACUCUGGCGGGUCGGACCCCUACAUUGCCACGGAACACCAGUACAUGUCGGAGGGCAACCAGUAUUCAACUGGCAUACCGGAAUGCCAGUACACCUGAGACUGCGAACAGGACGCCCCCCACACCCCGAAGCUUCAGCCAGGAGAGAGACAGCGACAGACCCCCUUUUAGGAUCGAAUCCCACUACUAAACCAUCAGUUGACGACACCACCACCACCUGGUCCCUUUCGAACCCCCUGCAUUCAUUUAUUUUGGGUUGUUCCAAAAAAAAAAAAAAUUCACGUCAUGUAUUUGGUUGGCCUUCAAAACAUUUUUGGAUCGUAAAAAAAAGAAACUAACAUAAACUGUCUAGGCCGUGUUCACAUUUAGCGUAUUUUGUAAUAGGGAAAAGUUGAGCCUACCGCUUUAAAAAUUUAUGAAAAAGAAACUGUCCAAAAAGCCCAACGAGCGUUUUUCUAUUGCCUAGCAACGAACCCAUUCUGGACCCGACGUUACUCGCCUACUACGUAUCCAGGCUAAAGCCCAUUAGACAUGUAGAUAUCGACAUGUUCUGUAAUUAAAACUAUUAAUCGCUCCACCGGCACUUUCCCCGAGUGAUUUGUCUGCCAUUUUGACAGUUGAGAGUUUCCUUCCUGACGAAGUGUCAAUGUUCCGCUUGGGAUUGGUCAGUUGUCAAAAAGACGCCUGACGUCGGCCGUUUUCUUCCUGAAAGUUGAACUUUUUUCAAUGCUCCGUAUGGCACAAAAAAACGCUGGGAGAGGCGUUUAAAAAAACGGCCGUUACUUUUUCCAGAAACGCUCUGCUCCAUAGGAAUAUAAUGUAAAACAAGAUAAAAAAAAAAAAACGCUAGAUGUGAACACGGCCUGGCAAUUUCUGUGGGUCUUCAUAAACCUAAGAUCUCCAAGCAGCCUCUCCAGUCUUGGGGCGAUCCAGAAGCCCCCGGUUUGAUAGCCCCCGGCCCCCGCGUCGUCCCAGGAGGUCUCCAGGCCAUUGAAGACACUUCAAUGGCACUUCAUGUAUGCGCUCCAGAAACCCCAUGUUCUAGAAGGAAACCUCUAUGUCUUAAGACAUAAGACAUGUACACCAGAGGAUAAGACCCGGGAGCUGCUUGCUCGCUGUUUCUGGCCCUUUUUAGGAUCGAGGCUUUGUUACAUUCCCUGAAUUCCUCGGCGGUCCUACCGCAGGCCAUGGAGAAUAGAUUCCAAGUUCCCCCAUCCGCUCCGAUGACGCCUAUGAUCCAAAUAGGCUGGCCCCUGUGAUGGGUUGAACUUGGUUACAACAGGAAUGGAAACCAAAACCUAAAUAUCGGGAUUCCUGCCCUUAUUCAAUUUUGGCAUGCAUGAUAUCCAAUUGUUUAACCCCCCCUUACGCCUGCCCUCCUUAUACCACCGCUCAAAACAAACCCAAAUUAUUUACCAUGUUGUCUGAGGUCCUUUUACAGGGUAGCAGUAGCAGCAGCUAAACAGAGAACUACAGCUAGGGCUUAAACACUCCAACUUAUUCCAGACUGCAUUACCAAGCUGACUCUUACAGUUUAACAACCUCAACAAAGCAAUGCUAAAGAUGUCCACUGGGUAAUGGUUGAGACUUGUGGUCUCCCUUCUGUGUUUGGUCAACGGCAGCCCUGACAGGAUCCGUUAUAGGGCGGCUAACUGGACGUCCACCUGGUCGACGUGCGGACGGUCUCUCUCCGUUUGAAUAUCCCUUUAAGUAGUAGUUACGUCCUUGUAAUACUCUAUGUAUAUUUUUAUUUACUUUCGAAAAAAAAUCUAAAUUCAGUAUGGUUUAUUGUUAGAAUGUAAUUGGUAGGCUACAAGUGGCCUACAGGUCCAGAUACCUUCAGGAGAUAACCUGGCCACGGGGUUCCUUGACCAACGGCCCCAGCCAGGCCUAACCCUGGAAAGGACCUUGACCAGGAAGACCAGUUGAAAUCCCACUGACAUUGUGACUGAGGCAGAGAAAUAUACUAACCAGGUUUGUGUCCAUGUGUGGUAUCUCCAUUUCAGUGUGUCCUGAUAGAGCAGGGUAACUAUACUUUUUUUUAGAGUUGAGUCUGUAAUUCGUGGGGUCAUAAGGUCAAUACCAGGUUACACUAAUUUAUACGUUUUUAAAUUCUCGGUUGGAUUUUAGCCUUGGUUCCAUAAUCAGUGUCUUGUCAUUUCGUUGUGGGUGGUCAAAACGUGUUUUGAAACUAGGAAAAAUGUGAUAUUGGAAUCACAUCACCCCUAUGAUUUUGUGUUUUGACUAAAUAUUAACUUUUAUUUGCUUAAGGAAAAGUAAACUAGACAUGUGUGUUAUUAGCUGCUGAAACACUAAGAUGUUGGUUUGACCACAUAAGGUCAGAUGGCCACUCCUUGUUUUGUACCGACUGCUCCAUUAGGCUAUUUAAGUGUUAUAAUUGAAAUUGAAGCUAACUUAACACAUUGGCCGGUUUGGAUAAGGCUGUUACAGUCCAUUUGCUUUUUAUUUUAUUUUUUAUCGCUUGUUAUAUAUUUGAACUGACUCUUCUUACACUUACAUUAAAACUUCAUACCGUUUA